ACAGGAACAGCGAACGGGACCGCGCCGCCCCCGCCGCGCCGUCUGCCAUCGCCGCCCCGCGCCCGCCCGCCAUCGCUGCCUCGGGCCGGCCCAUCGCCAACACUCCCUCCGCCCGCCCAUCGCCAUCACCGCCCUCAGCCCGCCCAUCGCCAACACUCCCCGCGCCCGCCCGUCGCCAUCGCCGUCCCCAGCCCGCCCAUCGCCAUCAUCGCCCCCAUCCCGCCCCCCAUCCCCGCCCAUCGCCGGCCCAUCGCCGUCACCCCGCGCGCAGGGCCGGGCGGGCGGAAGGGCGGCGCUGGCAGCGGGACAUGGCGGCAGCGGCGGGAGCGGCGGAGCGCGUGUGCGAGGCGGCGGAGACCGAGUCGCACCUCAGCAAAAAUGAGCUGAAAAGACGUUUAAAGGCUGAGAGAAAAAUAGCUGAAAAAGAGGCAAAGCAGAAAGAGCAAAGUGAAAAGGAUUUAAAUAAGCCUUCCUUGACUUCUGAGAAUAAUGCUGGAGCUGAUGAGGAAAGCUUGGAUCCAAAUCAAUACUUCAAGAUUCGUAGCCAUGCAAUCCAGCAGCUGAAGGGCACCAAUGAAGAUCCCUAUCCCCACAAGUUCCAUGUAGACUUAUCUCUCUCAGAUUUUAUAGACAAGUACAGUCACCUGCAGCCAGGAGAUCACCUGACAGGCAUUACAGUGAGAGUGGCAGGUCGAAUCCAUGCAAAGCGUGCCUCUGGAGGGAAACUGAUUUUCUAUGAUCUUCGUGGCGAAGGAGUCAAGUUGCAGGUCAUGGCAAAUUCCAGCUUUUACAAAUCCGAGGAAGAGUAUUUCCGUGUUAACAACAAGCUACGUCGUGGGGACAUUGUUGGUGUAGAGGGGAAUCCUGGGAAAACAAAGAAAGGGGAACUGAGUAUUAUUCCUUAUGAAAUUACUCUGUUGUCUCCAUGCCUGCACAUGUUGCCUCAUCUUCAUUUUGGCCUCAAAGAUAAGGAAACUAGGUAUCGUCAGAGAUACUUGGAUUUAAUUCUUAACGAUUACGUGAGGCAGAAAUUUAUAACUCGUGCAAAGAUCAUCACUUACCUUCGGAGCUUUCUAGAUGAGUUGGGCUUCCUUGAGAUUGAAACUCCUAUGAUGAAUAUAAUUCCAGGUGGAGCUGUGGCAAGACCAUUUAUCACAUACCACAAUGAAUUGGAAAUGAAUUUGUAUAUGAGAAUUGCUCCAGAGCUUUACCAUAAGAUGUUGGUGGUUGGAGGUCUGGACAGAGUAUAUGAAAUUGGGCGGCAGUUCCGGAAUGAAGGAAUCGAUUUGACUCACAAUCCUGAGUUCACAACUUGUGAAUUCUACAUGGCUUAUGCAGACUACCAUGACUUGAUGGACAUUACAGAGAAGUUGCUUUCAGGGAUGGUGAAACACAUUACUGGGAGUUACAAGAUCACUUAUCAUCCAGAUGGUCCAGAUGGACAGGCCUAUGAGAUAGAUUUUACACCUCCCUUCCGGCGAAUCAGCAUGGUCUAUGAUCUGGAAAAGGCCCUGGGAGUGAAAUUUCCACCAACUGAGCAGUUUGAAACUGAAGAAACUCGCAAGUUCUUUGAUAAUCUUUGUGCAGAGAGAGACAUUGAAUGUCCACCUCCCAGGACAACAGCCAGGCUUCUUGACAAAUUAGUUGGUGAAUUCCUGGAAGUCACAUGUAUCAACCCUACAUUCAUCUGUGAUCACCCACAGGUCAUGAGUCCUCUUGCCAAAUGGCAUCGCUCCCAUGCAGGACUGACCGAACGCUUCGAACUCUUUGUGAUGAAGAAGGAAGUGUGCAAUGCGUACACAGAGCUCAACGAUCCCGUCCGACAGCGGGAGCUCUUUGAGGAUCAGGCCAAGGCAAAAGCUGCAGGUGAUGAUGAAGCCAUGUUUAUUGAUGAAAACUUCUGCACCGCACUGGAGUAUGGCCUUCCUCCUACAGCCGGCUGGGGCAUGGGAAUUGAUCGCUUGACCAUGUUCCUUACAGACUCCAAUAACAUCAAGGAGGUGCUGCUCUUCCCUGCCAUGAAGCCAGAGGACAACAAGAAGGAGGCACAGCCUGAGCCCCCCGCCGAAGGCACCUCUGUGUGAGGCUCCAGACCGCUGCGGGCACCUCUGUGUGAGCACGGGGUGGCGCAGACAUAAAUAAAGGCAAUGCUCUUUGCACCCUGAAAAAGAUUGUUAAUGCUGUUACCUGACUGUGCUUAAUUUACCUGAGAAACUUGCCUGAGAUUAAUGUUGUUGAAAGGUUUCUUUUUCUGAGAAAUUUGCCUGAGAAUCCUAUAACCUUUAAGAUAAGACACAUAGUUUGAACAUGAAAAGUAUGUAUGUUUGGUUUUGUAUUGCUUAAAAGGAGUAACCAAUGAGAAAGCAGCCUCCAAUGCUGUGAGAUACCCAACCAAGAAUGAAGAACAGAAGAACCAGUUUCAUGAGCUGGAAAUGAGACAACUGAAAGGGAACCGUAAAACACUAUCUGCUAAAUCUUUUAUAUUCCAAAUUAAGUUUGAAUUUAUUAGUAUAAGUUUUUUAAAGAUUUUAAUUUUUUCUACUAACACUUUAAUAGAAAACAGUUAAUAAAGAAUUAACGUACAAUUAUUUUAGGCUAAAGUUCUGUGUACAAGAACCUUUGCUUUUGCUUAACUUGCUGAGAAUUUUCUAAUUUUUAGAUAACAGGAACUGGGAAAGGAGCAUAACUUUUGCAAAGAGCAUAUAUCUGUGAACUGACAAGUAACCAAUCAACAUCCAGCGUUCAAGGCUGUGAGACAAGUCAUUCGAAGAGAAAAGAUACAAGCAGUACAACGGAAUUAUUUAUGGACUAAGAAGAUGUGUUUCUGAGAGACUGUACUUGUAAUAAAAGGACGCUAGAUGGGAGCAGAGACCGUGAAAUAAUGACAUCGAUAAAUAAAGAGUGGGCGCGGACUAGGCGCGAUUUAGCGUGAA